ACAUGGCGCCCCUCCGCUGGUGAACGACGGCGAGCUGCCUCCCCUCCCGUGGUCUCCGUGAAGUCGUUCCAGUUGGCUGUUUCGUUGAAAAGGGGGCGGCGGCCGCAGGGUGAGGGUCUUGUGAGCAGUUUGUAGCCGGCGAUGGCGGCCGGGAUGGACGAGGAGAGCCUGCAGGACCUGUACGCUUGGGUGGACACCAUCCAUCUGUCCAGGGCCAAGCGCAACAUCUCCAGGGACUUCAGUGAUGGAGUUUUAAUUGCUGAAGUGGUCAAGUUUCAUUUCCCCAAGCUGGUUGAGAUGCACAACUAUACACCAGCCAAUUCAACACAGCAGAAACUGAACAACUGGGCUCAUCUGAACAGGAAGGUUUUCAGUAGACUGAACUUCUACGUUCCCGAUGACGUAGUUCGUAAGGUUGCCCAGUGUUCUCCAGGCGUUGUGGAGCUCGUGCUGAGUACAUUACGGCUCAAGAUCGAGGAGAAGCUACAACAGAAAAAGAAUAAGCUGGCUUUAUCACCACAGGACCUUGAGUAUUAUAACACAGCAGUGGAGCAAGACUCAGGUCAGUUUCCAACAUCACCACGGUCUAAGGACUACACUAUAAGGGACCAUCAUUAUAUUCAACUACAAGCUGACCACCCAGCAUCAAGCUCAGAUACAAGAAUGCCAACUUUCAAAGGGAACAACAAUUCAGACAACAUGAGGAAAAGGUUAUCAAUCCAAUUGAUUGGUUGUCCAAUAAAGGCACCUGGAUGUGCACAGAAAAGUCAACUUAGCCCAGAGAUCCGCAUCUUGAUGGAGGAGAAGGAACAGGCACUGCUGGCCUUUCAGGAAACUGUUCAGAUACUUCAGGUGAAAGUUCGCCGACUUGAGCAUCUUCUGUACCUGAAAAACGUUCGAAUCGAUGACCUUACACGACGUGUGCAACAAGCUGAACACAGAUAAAAGUACCUUUACAUUCUCCUCCCAUCUCAGCCAUGACAACCCUCUUUAAAGCUAUUACAGAUCAGUGUUUUAAAGAAUAAGGAUAACAAAAGUCGAUAAUAUUUUCCAGCAUAACUGAAAAUGUGUAGCAGCUAUUGAGUAUAAUGAAUAUGGCAACAGCUAUUUAAUUCAGGCACUGCAGCCAUAUCCGAACCUAUUCUUGCCUGACUUUGACAUUAAUGCACCCUAUGAUUAAACUGCGAGGUUGUGACAACCAUUUUCCCAUGUCUAAUCCACUACGCUGAAGCUUUUUAUAGAAUCCUUACUUUAACAAUUCA